CAUACACAGGUAAAUUAUACUUUUAAUUUUAUUAUAUAUGUAAUGGUAAAUAUGUGGCGCACGAACUACUAGACUUUUAAGUGGUCUCAAUUUGCUCCUUUCUUUCCAUACUACUGGAUUUGUAUUUUUCCUUUCCCGUGGCAGACUGGAAUGACUGAUGGACAUGCUGCUGUUUACAGUAACUAUAUACAUCAUAUUGAAAAUGACUUUUGCACACUGUAAUCCUUUUCUAAUCUACAGGAGCGCGCCCGCCGGGCACCGGGCCGCCUGAUGGAAGGGAAAAGAAAAAAAGAAAAAGGGGGAAGCAGCGGUGCAUGCACUCUCUGACGCGCGCUCCCGGCACCACUUCGGUCUUGCACUUUACACCCGUCCCGUCGAGUGAUCCCGGGCAGCCUGCAAGAUGACCAUCAACACGCUGGCCAAAGGAGGCUGGCACCGGGACCAGAUGGCGUGCUUUCGGAAGAUGGAGAAAGUGAUUGUGGCUAUGCAGGACCCUGACAUGGGCAUGAAGAUGAGAAACCAGAGGCUCCUGAUCACUGUCAUUCCACAUGCCAUGACAGGUCGAGAUGUAAUCAACUGGCUGAUGCAGAAAUACAACAUGUGCGAGGAGGAGGCUCUGCACCUCGGUGGUAUGCUGGUGAGAUACGGGUACAUUUACCCGCUCAAGGAGCCAAGAUCUCUUGUGUUACGUGCUGAUGAGUCGCCCUACCGUUUCCAGACUCCUUACUUCUGGACCAGCACCCGUUGGCCUGCCACAGAACUCGACUAUGCAAUUUAUCUGGCCAAAAAGAACAUACGAAAACAAGGAGAACUGAUGGAAUAUGAAAAGGAGAGAUACAGUGUGUUGCACAAGAGGAUCAACCACACAUGGGACUUUGUGGUGAUGCAGGCAAGAGAGCAACUCAGAGCGUCCAAACAGAGGAGGAAGGCAGACCGCAUUGUUCUAGAGUGUCAGGAGCAGGCGUACUGGCUCAUCAACAGACCCCCGCCUGGGGCAUAUAAUAUAUUGGACAUGGGUCUAGAGAGACCAAAUAACUUCAGCACACGAGUUACGCUGAACAGUGACUACUACAAAAGAGAGAUUGAAUUCUGUAGAAGGGCCCUCGGAAGAAACCGUGUAAAGUCAUCCAUCUGCCUAGAGGGUUUUGUGAAAUACAGCGAGCAGUACCUGAGCCACGAUCCCAUUAUGCAAGGCUGCCUUCCCAGCAACCCCUGGAUCUCCGAUGACACAGCCCACUGGACAAUGAACACAGAAGUGGUGCCGAUCCCCUCACGUCUUCGAGUGGAGCGUUGGAGCUUCAGCUUCAUGGAGCUUCUGAAUGACGCUAUGGGGAGGCGGGAGUUCAUGACCUACCUGGAGAAAGAGUUCAGUGCGGAGAACCUGUGUUUCUGGCAGGCCUGUGAGGACAUCCGACACGGAGAAAACUCCAGGAUCGUAGAGAAAGUGGAAGAAGUGUACAAAAACUUCCUGGCUCCCGGAGCUGCCCGCUGGGUCAACAUUGACAGCAAGACGAUGGACAAAACCCUGAAGGGGAUCCAACACCCGCAUCGCUUUGUCAUGGAUGACGCACAAAUGCACAUCUACUUCCUCAUGAAAAAGGACUCCUUCCCGAGAUAUCUCAAGUCUGACCUAUACAAGAACAUGCUGGCCAAAGCUAUCGUCCCCCAGGAGGUCAAAAAAAGCGUGUUCCCCUUCAUGAGACGCCAGCGGCACUCUAGCCCCUCCCCCGCCCAGGCCGUCGCCCAGGCGUCGGAGGAGGAGGGGCGUGCCUAGGGGGGACGGGCGGGCAGGUACCAACUCUGGCUCAGCCGGCUCCCGUGUCCGAUGCCAGGGCCGAAAAACCGGAACGCGUCGACCUUCCGUCCUCCAUUGUCUGCGUUGGUCACCAUAGUAACCAUCGAAAGGGGUCCUCCGCGUUUACUGAGUUUAAAGCCAGAACUUCUCUUUCAACAUAGAGUGUCCCUCUCAGAGCACCGGCGUUAAUGCAAACCGUAGUUGCAGCACAUCUUAUUCCCCGAGCACAAGCAGUGGGCAUCAGAGAGAAAAAGCUUUUAGUGCCACUGUUACAGCCUUUACUCCAUAUCCACCCCGCAUGGACAUCCACAUGCCAUCUCAGACCAAACGCCUGUCUCCUAAUACCACGUUUUCCUUUCCCCCCCCUCAAAAGCUUUCCUCAACAGCUGAAUGAAUCUCAUCCGCCUCUCACAAGUAGCUUUAGGCGAAGAGGUUGUGGUCAUAGAGCAUAGCGAUUGUAUAAUAUCCAUUUAGUCAGAGAUUUGCCUCACCGUGUCUGUGGUUGUCGUACGGUUUACUUGUUUUUCUUCAUUCCACGCUGGAGCUUCGCGUUGUGAUUGUUGUCGCUGUUAAUUUUUGUUCGAGCAUGUUCUCAUCCCAAUAAAAUGUCACGGCAGCA